AUGGUGGAGGCCAUCCAGGACGCCUGCAUAAACACGAUACCCUUGAAGGGUGAGAAUAAAAAGGCGAAGAGCACGCCGUGGUGGACCGAAGAGCUGGGAAGCACGAAAACCAGGGUAGAGACACUGAGGAGAAGAGUAGCGAAAGCAAACCCGGCACGGAGGGGGGCUGUUUACGCGGAGUACGCCGAGAAGACACCAGCAUUGGAGUGCCUUGAAAACGGAAGCAUCCUUGGCGAGCUCCAGUCAGCGCAGCUACUCACGAACACUUUUUUCCCCCCGGACGACCCCACCGUGGACCAGGAAUGGCACAAGAAAAUCAGAGAGGAAGCAAACGAAAUUCAGAGGGCUGCAAGAACCCCCCCGCAGGGUGUUCAACUAGUGCCAUUCACUGGAGAUGAGGCGGACCAGGUUCUGAAGGGCAUGAACCCCAGCAAGGCGCCGGGAACUGAUGGACUGACGUUGGACAUAUGUCAUAGGGCAUUCCUGACCAGCCCCACGAUCCUGGCUCUGUUUAACCAGUGCCUUCGGCUGCUAUAUUUUCCGAAGUGCUGGAAGGAGACAUACAUUAGAGUCAUCCCAAAACCUUCAAAGGAAGACUACGGGUCUCCCUGGAUAUUAGUGGAUAUAGAGGGUGCGUUCGACGAAGCUUGGUGUCCCAUAAUCCUGAGGGAACUAAACACACACUGCGGAGACCAGUGGCUGAUGGGCAUCGUCUCCAGCUACUUGGAGGACAGCAACGUGACCCUGAGCUAUCUCGGGGAGACGGUCAGGCGGAGAACCGAAGGAGGCUGCAUCCAAGUUUCGAUAGGAGGGCCAUUGCUGUGGAACUUGCAGCUGGACCCCCUGCUGCGAGAGGCCGAAGGGGGAAAUGCCCAGCUGCAGGCUUUCGCAGACGAUAUCGUCAUUAUGGCUAGGGCAAACACCACCGAGGAACUCAACAGAAAGGUCAAUGACGCGUUAGAAAUGGUUGCAAGAUGA